GCAAGUUAUCCUUCGGUGAAAUGUUCGUUAAAACAGAUCAUGAGUCAUGUAGCAUUAAAUAUUACAGGGAAACCUCCAGAAGGGAUGGGCUUCCAGGGAGGGUUUGGCAAGGGCCAGCUAUGCUGAGCUGUCAUGGGCAUAAAAACCUGAAAGAGAGGAGGGAAGCAGCUGGGCUGAGGAACAGCACGGAUAGAGGCCCCAAGACAGGACUCAGCUUGGCUGUGUCUGAGGAGCCAUCAGACAGGGAGGUCACCGAGGGCCUCAUCUACCUUCUCUUUUUAUCUGAGUGGAUGGAAACCUCGGAGGGUUUUGAGAAGAGUACGAAAUGAGCAGGCUGUAAGGUUACAUAGUCACUCUGGUUUGUAUUGAGAAUAACUGCAGUGGGCUCAGCAGGGAGCUCAGGUGGAAGCAGCUCUGUGUCUUGGAUUAACAAACACAGGUUUGUUGCCAGUGCUACAGUGGUCAGCCUGGUCCUGUGCCUCCAUAACUGGCCUCUCUGCUUUUUCAUGGUGCAGGGAAAUGUUGCUUCCGGAAGCCCAUUCAUAGUCUCCUUUGUGGCCUGGAAUUGACCUGUGAAGAGUUCACAGGUCCUCU